AUGAUUUUUGGGAUAAAUAGUUUUACUCCCGAAGGUAGAGGUGGUCAUGUAGCCGCGAUAGUUAAAGAUAAUAUUUAUUUUAUGGGAGGUUCUCGUAAAAUUUCAGAUGAAAAUGAAAUAAAAAAAAAGUUUCCAACAAGAGGUUAUAAUUUAUCUGAUGAAGUUUUUUCCUUGGACCUUACUUCAUCAUUCUCUACAACUAACCCUCCAUUUAUUGAUCUUUCCGGCAUUUCACGAAUGAUAUAUGGAAGUACAAAAGCUAGCAAAGGUGACGUGUACCUCGUUGGAGGUACAUUACAAAACCUUACACUCCUUAAUCAAAUAGACAAACUCUUUAAUCAAAUGGACAAUAAUGCAACGACCCAAUCAUUAAUGUUACCCGAAUUAAUUAAAACUUGGAAUGUAACUGAUAGUGAAAUGAGAGAAUUAAAUAUUUUUAUUUACCGCCCAGCUACACAAUCUUGGACGAUUCCUUAUAUUAGAGGAGGUCCAUCAAUUAGACGUAGAUCAACUUCAACGGUAAUAAAUCAGGAUGGAAAGAUAUAUAUGUUUGGAGGAAGAGCUGAAAUAGAUACUGGAUCACCUACCUUGAUUAAUUUUAAUGAUAUCUAUCUUUAUGAUACCAUUACGCCAAGAUGGACUAAAAUUAAUGCAAGCAAUGUCCCUUCUGCUCGAAGUCAAAGUACUGCGACGUUACUUCCAGAUGGUAAUAUCACUAAUGAUAGAUCUGGGUCUUUUGAAACUAAUCCUUCUAUUUAUUUAUUGGGUGUGCCGUGCCUAGAAUGGACUGCCACUUUUACACCCAACUACUCCUGUCCACCUAUACUAAACGUUCCUUUGAUUAUUGGUCUGACCGCUGCUUUAUAUGUAGUGUUUAUUGCAACUACAGUAACUGUUAUAAAAAUUACCCUUAUUGUCACGACUGAAGUCGGAAAUGGCUAA